AUGUUCGAGACCAGUUCCACUGCACAUUAUGGCGCACCCGGCCUAGGUUACAGCUCGACUGACUCUGUCGCGACAGUCACUGUGAACACAACAAAGAAAGCAUUGCGUAAUACUACCGAGGGCGAAAGUACGACCAUGAGCAGUUCAAGUCUUUUGGACCUGGUCUCCACGGUUACCUCGGCCACGAUGAAGCGAAUGUUUGAGGCCAGUUCAACUGCACAUUAUGACGCACCUGGCCUGACUGACUCUGUCGCACCAGUCACUGUGGAGAAGACGAAGAAAGCAUUGCAUGAAAAUACCGUGGGUGAGGAUGCCACCACGAGUCCUUCCAGCAGCCAACGCCUUGUGUCGGAGUCCGUCAUUGAAUUGAAGGCGAAGGGGUUACAGAAGAGUACAGGCCCCACAGCAGCGACUACCGCAGAAUACGAGACUACCGCAGAGCACAAGACAACCACAGUAUACCCAAGUCAGUUGAAGAUGCCGAUGACGAGACGUGAGUUGGACGGGCUCGAACUCCCUUGGUCCGACUGUCGAUACGCAUUCCGUUCAAAGGAUUAUAAGGAAGAACCUUACCCCCGGAUAAAUGCAGCAAUCGGAAAAUAUCCCUGCGAGGGCAGUGAGGUCAAGUGUCGCGUUAGGGCCGAGGGAGAAAUGCUUGAGCAAUGGAUCAAAUUAAUUGGUUACAAUACGACAGUGCGAGACGUUAUGAGACGGAUGUCUCCGUUCAACACGAAGGACAAACUGUAUGCGACUUAUAAUUGCCAAUACGAAUGCCGUAAGAUGAGACCGGAUCUUGCUUCCGUUAGUAACUUGCGAACUGUGGAAACGGAGCCCACGAGUCCGGAAGAUGCUCUGAAACUGAGAUUGAGCAGACGCGAGUUAAGUAAGCUUCAAUUGCCUUUGGUAGAUUGCGAAAAAUAUCUUAAAGGCGGGUGGCAAAAGUUGCAAGGGACCGGUAGACAUCCGUGUGGCGGUGGAAGCGGAGUGAUGAUGUGUAAAGAAAAGAAUGAGUUCCUCUCUUGUCAUCGUUUUGGUCCCCUGUCGAUGAAUGCUUUCGCAGUGGAGGAUGCGGUCAGACAUUAUUCAUCAAAUGUUGGAGACUGUGUUGUACGUUGCGGUUCAAGAUCCGACGAACGGCGUUCCUUGUGGGAUGAAGCGCACAAGCAUUUGUUCAACACAUUGCCUGGUUAUGAUCCGGAGCGAGCUGGUUAUAGUUCGGAUAAGCCUCCACGAUGGGAUUUCGAAUAUGUGCUGCCCACAUUUUUGCCUGCCGACCGAAGUUGUUCGUCGACUUGUGGUUCUACACUACAACCAUGCGACAAUGUCCACAACUGUGUGUGCCGCGUUGCGCACAGUAAAUGCCAGACCGAGUUCGAAGGCAAGCCCCAAACUGUUGAAUCGUGGGGAUUUGAUACACGCAUGGAGGACGUAUUUAAAAUGCAAUCUGUUCCCGGAGCUAACAUCAAAUCCGGACACCACGAAGCCAAAGACCUCCGUCUCGAUACCUGCCAGAACGACUGCCACGGCGUCCUGUGGUCAUCAGAGAAUGUCUGA